AUGAACGUCCACCCGAGACGAACUCUUGACCAGUUCUACUAUCCUUCGCUGUCCGAUACAUCCGCGAGAGAUAAGGAUCAGACCAUUUCUAAAUGGACUGGAUCCAACCUGUGGUGUUGGGUAAUUGACGACAACUUUUGUGACCUUUAUGAAAGUGUCAAGAAGCAUGCAAAUGCUUGCAAAACAGUGUGGGACAUGCAAGCACUUCUGGUCCGAGAAGCCAUCAGUUAUACCGCGGAACAAAACAACAAGAAUGUUGUAGAUCUCAUUGAAACUUACAAAUGGGUCUCAAGAACGAAGGCUGCACGCCAAACAUCAUACGUACAAGAUUUCCUUAUAAAACACCACGAGAAUCACUUUGAUUCGGCAGCUCUUGAUGACAGCAAAGAAUCAAAACUGGUCCUCGAAGUAUCUGACAUCGUCGACGAAUUGAAGAUGAUCAAGAGCCUGGUACAGACACAGAGGGGUGUUUUGAAGACAUUCAUCGAGGCAUUGACGAGGAAGAACCCUUCAACCGAUGAACCGCAGCAGAACUCCCGUAAGCGUGCAAAUAUCAGUAAAUGUAGCUUCACCUCUACAGAUGCGUCACGUAUGUUUAUCAAUCUCCAGAAUCAGGAGACGCUGCACCGCGACAGUGAAGAUAUCAAACUAUUGGCCCAAGACAUCUCCGGGGCAGCCGCAAGUUAUGCAGUAACGGCAGACGAAACAUUAGUGUCGCUUCUUAAGGACCUGGAUGAGAUCAAAGAAGAAGCAGACUACACUCACAGAAUGCUACAAGAUUUAUUGGACCUCAAGUCAAAAGCUGCCAGUUUGGCAGAAGCCCGGUCGACGACCAAACAAGGUCAGGCAGUGAUGUUGUUCACGAUUGUGACCAUUAUAUUCUUGCCGCUAUCCUUUUUCACUUCUUAUUUCGGUCAAAACGUAUCAGAAUUCACGGGUGACGACAAGAAUCCCUCUUCGUGGGAUCUGUGGAAGGUUGGCACGCCAAUCACUGUCAUUGUAAUCGCAGUGGCACUACUUAUUGCGUUAUUGAUCAUGAAGCCGGAUUGGCGCCGAAGCUUAGUUUUGAGCCGCAGUGAUGGCGUGCACGACGUCGAAGCAGCGUAGACUUGUUGUUCUCGCCUGACCCUCAAAGCCUCUACAGCGAGAUGGAGGGGAGCGCAGGAAGUACCAUGGUGAGAGAGAUACCGCGUUGUCUUCAUAACAUCUCGUGUUCAAUUUUGUCCUCAACAAGGGGACAGUACUGGGCCCUUGUAAAGAGGAGCGCAUUUCAGCCUGGGCAAGGAAAGUUUUUCAUUAGAACGAGACAGGACAAGCUUAUAGAUGUAAGUACUGAAUAUGCGCUUGUGCAUAUUCAUAUUAAUGGGCAGCAACAUCACCAGUGAAAAAGAGCAACCCGCCUGGUGCGAUUGAUCUUGGGUUACGGAUACAAACCGCAAGCAAGUGCUUACGCCA